GGAUAUAUUUGUAUGUACAAUGUAUUAUAAUGUUUUUAUACUGUAGUUAGUGUAAUAAAAUAAUGGUGAUUUUGGAUACAUAAAUACAUUUUGAAUAUUUACAACCGACAGAUUCGAAUGGUUUUUAUUUCGUCAAAAGGAUGACAACAACAUGUAUAAAAUGGAGUAAUAAUGAAACCAUAACAUAUAGACGUGUGAAAUAUGUACGAUAAGUCAUGUGAUUCGGAUUCAGAUGACAUGUGAUAUAAAAACUGAAGAUACUCCAUAUAAAGAUGAAACCUACUUAAAAAACUUAACAUGUCAUCUGAGACCAACCAGCCGACUCAUGGGUUGACAAUAUGGAGUACCUCUGUAUUUAUCGUUGGUGAGAUUGCAGGAUCUGGUGUUCUAGCAUUACCGAAAGCAAUCGACAACUCAGGAUGGAUUGGGUUAGUAUUAAUAGUUGUGUGUGCCUUUGCCUCGGCGUAUACUGGUGCCAUCUUAGGAAGAGCUUGGCUUAUAGUUCAGAGUAGAAAUCCACAGUACCAGUCGCAUGUUGUUGAUCCUUAUCCAAUAAUAGGCGAGCAAGCAUUCGGAAAGUUUGGAAGAUAUUUAGUUUCGUUUUCUAUUAAUUUCACCCUGUUUGGAGUGUCUGUUGUAUUUCUGAUUUUGGCGGCAGAGAAUCUACAGGAUCUGAUUAGCCAUGCUACAAAAAGCGUGUCUUUCUGUUACUUUAUCAUCAUUCUAGCAGUUGUGUUGAUGCCUGUUGUAUGUCUGGGAACACCAAAAGAUUUCUGGCCAAUAGCAGUUGGAGCAACAUUAGCCACGGGAUUAGCAUGUAUUUUAUUGCUGGCAAGAAUAUUACAAGACAAAGACAAACACGGAGACACCGUAGUACACUCAGAACAAGAAUUCACUUCAUUUUUCACAGCUUUUGGUACAAUAGUGUUUGCUUUUGGUGGACAUCCAGCUUUUCCUACGUUUCAAGCUGAUAUGAGAAAUAAGGCAGAUUUUAAAUGGGCUGUGUUGCUAGGAUACAUGAUUGUGUUGGCAAUGUAUCUUCCAACAUCGACAUCGGCGUAUUUCAUCUACGGCGACACAGUAAAAGAUAACAUUUUACUGACAACUACGGACAGUCCUAUCACCUACAUUGUUCAGACUCUUAUAACACUUCAUCUGUUGUUUGGAUUUGUUAUAGUCAUCAACCCGUUUUGUCAGGAAGUAGAGUCAAAAUUUGGAGUUCCAAAAGAAUUCACAUGGAAACGAUGUGUUGCUAGGCCACUGAUGGUCUUAUGUGCAUUGUUUGUAGCCGAGACAAUACCACGUUUUGGUGCCAUUUUAGCAUUAGUUGGUGGAUCAACAACAACUCUGUUAGCUUACAUUUGUCCUUCAGUAUUUUACCUUAAACUUUGUCGGAAACCUCGUGAUGACACUGCGCCAUUUGUCAGAGAUGAAUUCAUUGAUAAUGAAGCCAGUCUUCAAAAGCUUGACACGGACUUCAUUGAGGUACCAUUAUGGGAGAAAAUUUUAAACUAUGAGAUUAUAUUUAUCGGACUUAUCGCAGGAAUAGCUUCGACGGCAUCUGCCAUAAAAGACAUUGCAAGUCCGUCCAGUUUUAGAGUGCCAUGCUACGUCGACCCGAGCAAACCAGCAUAAUUACUAGAUCGGCAAACAUCGAAAGAUUCCGUAACUCUUCAUGGAAUCCUUCCGCGAUGUGCUGAACGCAUGAUUUCUGUGGACAUAUUCAUAUAUCUGUGGUGCUUAUUUGUGCAUAUUUAUGUAAUAAAAAAAAAGGAUUUUAAAUAAUCAUUUGAUUAA